CUGACAUCAGUAGCACACUUUCAUCUCACCGAGGAAAGUGAAGAACUUCCAUACUAUUCCAUCACAUCCGAAUAAAGAAAAAGUAUCGGGAUACUCGUCGUGAUUGAGUGCAUGCUGACUGAGAUUUCUUCAUUUUUUUUUAUCGAUCUCGUGGAGUUCCUCUUCGGAAAAGUGUUGAGACGGAAAUAGAAGAGUGAGGAAGCCACUUUAAAUUCGGUUCAGCGUAAAAAAAUAUCCAAAUAUAUUUUUUUCGAGAGUUGCCUUCGAAAUUUCGUCACAAAAUAAUGGAGACAGAGUCAAUAACCCUGGCUCCCCCAACGAUCCACGUGGGUCCAAUUGUGCACCCCAUCUCCAACGAGACAAUAUCCAUCGUAAUUCCAUUGUCAGCGCAGUUGACAACAGUAGCACGUGUCCAGGCAAUGGACUCCCCCAAAGUGGCUGGCGAAAAAUCUGAGACUUCAGAUCACCAGCCGGUGGUGCCAGUGGAGAUAAGCCUGUCUCCCACAACCUCAGGAAUCACUGAAUCCAAACCAGACCUGGCAGCUGCCCUCCAGAAGGCAGACAAGACCAAGGGCUGCCCCUUUCCCACGUGUUCGCGGUAUGGACGAGCCUUUUCGAGGGCUCACGACCUCAAGCGUCACAUCGCGAGGCAUGAGACCAGGAAGGAGAGACUCUGCGAGUCCGCGCAGACGGAUGUCCGCACCUGCGGCCAGUGCGGUGAGAGCUUCAUCAACGAUCUCGUUCUUCAACGGCACAUGAGGACCCAUGGGAAGGCUGGGGAGGAGGGAGGCUGCAACGGCAAGGGCUAUCCCUGCCAUUUGUGCAAGAAGAGGUAUGCGCAGUUUAGUAAACUGCAGGUACACGUGGCGACUCAUGAUAAGAAAUCCUCCGACAACGUCUGCGCCCUGUGCGGUAUCCAAUGUGAAACCGAGGAGAAACUUGAGACCCACAUGAAGGACCACACAACGAGCAUUCUCGAGGCGCAAGAAGCCCUGGAGGCCGCAGUGGAGCCGACCCCCGAGAAGAUGGAAGAGGACGACGACGACGAUUUCCUCCUGGAGGAGAUGCUCCUCAUUAACAAGGGCCCCCGCCUCCCCCCGAAAACAGAGUCGACAACCACCUCGGACGGAAAGAUCCGCUGCGACUACUGCGCGAAGACCUUCAAGACAAAGUGGACGCUGAGCUCUCACGUAGCCGCCCACGAGGGCCGUUUCCAGUUUGGCUGUUCCAGGUGUGGAAAAAAAUUUGUCAGGAAGAGUCACUACGACGGGCAUGUGCGCUCCCACGAGGCCGCCAGGCCCUACGUCUGCGAGCAAUGCGGCAAGACAUUCAAAGAACUAAAACAUCGACGUGAACACACGAAACGAAAACACUCGAACAAUCGAAAUGACGUGCAAAACCUCUUGGACAGCAUCAGUGCUUAUGUGGCGGAGGAAGCCUCAAUGGAGCAGCCUAAAUUCGCACUUCUCAUGCCUGUGAACUUUCCCGCAUAAAUAUUCCCUCUUUAAAUCAUCGGAUCGAUCGAUAUCGACGGGAUUUUGUCCACAAAUUAUAGUGAUUAAUAAAUGAGGACUUUUUAUUCAAAAACUUGAGGGGGAAAGUUGUCUUGUUCAAUGGGAGAAUAUAGUUUAAGAGAAAAACCACUGCGAGGGCCACUCGAGGACGCCAGGGAAGACAUUAAAAAAAAGAAAUAUCGAUGUGAACAUCCGAAACGAAAACACUCGAGCAAUCGAAAUGACGUGCAAAACCUCUUAGAUAACAUGAGUACUUGUGAGGCGGAGGAAUUCUCAAUGGAGCAGCCUAAAUUCGCACUUCUCAUGCCUGUGAACUUUCCCGCAUAAAUAUUCCCUCUUUAAAUCAUCGGAUCGAUCGAUAUCGACUGGAUUUUGUCAACAAAUUAUAGUGAUUAAUAAAUGAGGACUUUUUAUUCAAAAACUUGAGGGGGAAAGUUGUCUUGUUCAAUGGGAGAAUAUAGUUUAAGAGAAGAACCACUGCGAGGGCCACUCGAGGACGCCAGGGAAGACAUUAAAAAAAAGAAAUAUCGAUGUGAACAUCCGAAACGAAAACACUCGAGCAAUCGAAAUGACGUGCAAAAGCUCUUAGAUAACAUGAGUGCUUGUGAGGCGGAGGAAUUCUCAAUGGAACAGCCUAAAUUCACACUUCUCAUGCCUGUGAACUUUCCCGCAUAAAUAUCCCCUCCCUAAAUCAUCGGAACGAUCGAUAUCGACUGGAUUUUGUCAACAAAUUAUAGUGAUAAAUAAAUGGGAACUUUUUAUUUAAGAA